AUGCCAAAGUCCAGAGUAGCACCACUGGAGGAUUUGAAGAAAAAGAAGCGCAAGCUUUCAACGCCCCGUCUAGAACUUUCGUCCGCAUUGCUUCUCAGUCAUCUUUACGAGAAGGUUAGCCAAGCUACCCAAUUGAAAAUUCCGUCGUUUUUCUGGACUGAUUCCAACGUUGUUAAAUUUUGGAUUGCGUCGACUCCAUCGCGAUGGCAAACUUUUGUCGCGAACAGGGUGUCCGAGAUCCAGCACCUGACUAAAGGUGGUUUAUGGAACCAUGUCGCAGGAAUCGAAAACCCAGCCGAUGUUCUUUCGCGUGACAUAUCAGCCGCUCAAUUGGAGUACCAAUCACUUUGGUUUAAUGGACCCGUUUGGUUGCGUCAAAGACGAAACUUCUGGCCCGUGAACGCUGAAGUUGCUGUUGAACAGCUAGAUCCAGCUACCCUCGAAGAACGAAAAAUCGUAGCGCUACCGCUGCAAGCAAUUCCGCCAAGUGAAAUAUUCUCGCUACGCUCGUCGCUGACAUCGUUAGUUAGUUUGGUAGCUUGGAUUCGUCGUUUCCACCACAAUGUGCAGAGUGUCAACCGAGGUACUAGAAGGGUCGGAUUAAUCACCUCGCAAGAAUAUGAAGACGCCAUGCUACAUCUAGUUCGGCUAUCACAAAAAGAAUGCUUUUCGCAAGAGAUAGCAAAUCUGUCCAGUGGGACUCAAAUUAAAGAUUCCUCCGCAAUAUCACCAUUGAAUCCUAUGCUGCAGGGUGGAAUACUUCGCGUUGGUGGCCGGCUCCGGAACGCUGCUGUAUCCGAGAAUCGGAAGCAUCCAAUGAUCAUUGACCAUCGUCAUCCUCUCGCUUCGCUGGUAAUCCGCCACUAUCAUUUGAAGAUGCUUCACUCCGGACAACAAGUUGUCAUUGCUAGCACCAGAGAAAGGUUUUGGAUCCCGAACAUACGUAAACUGGUACGGAAGGUCUUGCAUGAAUGUGUCACCUGUUUCCGUAUCAAACCAAGAUGCCAUGCGCAAUUAAUGGCAGAACUCCCGUCAGAAAGGGUGAACCCCGCUCCUCCGUUCCAGAAGGUUGGUGUGGACUAUUGUGGACCUUUUUUGGUGUCCUAUCCCCAGCGUCGUAGUCCUCCCGUGAAAUGCUUCGUUGCUGUAUUUGUGUGCCUCGUUGUGAAGGCAAUCCACGUCGAGCUUGUCGCAGAUCUCACCACGGAGGCAUUUCUGGCGGCACUUAAACGUUUCUCUGCUCGUCGAGGUCGUCCGGCUUUGAUAAUGUGCGACAAUGCUAAGAACUUCGUCGGGGCCAAGCGUGAACUUCUGUUAAAUGAACGACUGUUAAAUCUUUUCGAGCAGGAGCAGUUUCAAAACGCUGUGGCAUGCAAUGCCGCAGCUGAGGGUAUUGAAUUUAAAUUCAUCCCAGCAAGGUCUCCAAACUUCGGUGGUCUCUGGGAAGCAGCCGUGAAGAGCUUCAAGACCACUUUCAAAAAGGUCAUCGGAACGCGAACGUUGCAGUACGACGAGAUGCAGACAGUUCUCACUCAAAUUGAGGCAGUGUUGAACUCUAGACCGCUUACUCCAAUCAGUAAUGAUCCUGGAGACUUCGAAGCCCUUACUCCAGGUCACUUCCUGGUGCAACGUCCGUUGACAGCUAUCGCUGAACCUUGUUUGGAAAACAUUCCAACAAACCGUCUUUCCAUUUGGCAGCGAGCCCAAGCAUAUUCUCAGCAAAUCUGGAAGAAGUGGACCACACUGUACCUUUCCGACCUGCAUAAUCGGACGAAGUGGACAAGGCGACGAGACAACAUAGCUGUUGGAACAAUGGUUCUAUUGAUGGACGAGCGGCUUCCGCCGCUGAAAUGGAACCUCGGUCGAGUCACCGAAGUGUUCCGAGGCUCUGAUGACAACAUUCGCGUGGUAGACGUACAGACUAGCAGUGGAGUAUACCGUAGAGCGAUCUCGAAGAUUUGCAUACUUCCGAUGAGGGACAACGCAUAUUCUUCGAACGAUGAGCCGUUGUUCUACCCGGUCCCGGGUCCCCGGGACACUGCUCCGCCUGAAGCCAAGUCGUCAUCAGUCUAUUGUUCCCCUUUGAAGUCCAACGUUCCGAGCUACAAACAUGCUUUGGUGAUGGUAGAUGUGCUCGUCAGUCAAGAUCCUGUGAAGUCCCGUCCGUCCAUUCGAUGCUCAAACCGAGAAUCCCGCAUAUUUUUGGGUCCAUCGACUCAAGCGUAUUUCGAUACUAACUCCGUCCAUUUUGUCGAGGUACUAUCUGGCAACCCUUACUGGUCCAGCAUUCCCAGCGUCAAUCGGAGUUUGGCCAACUCAACGAUCGUCCCUGGUGUCAUCCGGAUCAGCCUGUUGAAGCGAAGGAAUCGAGUGAACUCUGAAGGUGGCCACGGAAGCACACUACCAAAUCGUCGUCAUCAAUCAAGUCGCUGCAUCGUAGAAUACUUCAAGACAUCCGUCAGUCCCGCCAAGAAUCAAAGCCGAGAUCCGGAGCAACAGGAAAGCUCACAAGCCAUGCAGCGGUUCGUACCACCGCCAAACGCACCGAAGAAGAAGAUCACGAAGAAUCAGCAGAAGGAAGACUGCUAG